UAAAACCACAAGGUGUGAAGGGUUUGGUUAAAGUAACAGGCCCGUCACCGGAAUCAAAGGAGCAAAAUCGUCCAGAUACAUCCCCUCGAAUCUUACCCGUCUUCAUUCAUUAACAAAACCCACGCGCUUCUAUCACCCUCUCUACAUAUCAUAUCAUUCACAAAAAAUCUGUAAAAACUACAAUUAUUUCCUUUGACGAUGCACUGCUACUGUUGUUCCUGUUCUUAAUAUCUCCUACUUUCCGACGGUUAGGGUUUAUUUUUUCCGUUAUUUACUUUUGUGUAUUGUCGUAAAUUUCGAUUGUUUGUUACAAUUACGAUGGAUUUGAGUCAAUCGCAGUCGAGUAAUCUGUCGUUAGGGUUUAUAACUCAUGCGUCGCCGCCGGUAACCGCAAAUCGGUCUCAUAUCGCCGAUGAUUCUAUUUCCUUUCAGAUCGAUUCUAGGGUUAAGGAACAAUCGCAUCUGGUUACCCCAAUUCCACUUCAAUUAAUGGACAAACAAACCGAAAACGACAAGAAUGGUGGAGAGAGUGUUGAUGAGGAGAGGGAUGUUGAAGAGUUUCGAAUUUUAGGGCAUUCAAUGUGUAUAAAGAGGAAGAGAGAUAAUAAUACUGAUGGGAUGAGUUCGUCUUCUUCUACUUCGAAGAGUUUUAGGGUCACCACGAGUUGUUCCAAUGAGAAUAAUUCGUUAGAAUCGCGAAGGAAUGCGGUUCGGGCUUGGGGUAAUCAGGGUUUACAGGUGGCUGACCCGGAUUUAUUUGAGAUAAUGGAGAAGGAGAAGAAAAGGCAGUAUAAAGGGAUUGAAUUGAUUGCUUCGGAGAAUUUUGUAUGUAAGGCUGUGAUGGAGGCAUUAGGGAGCCAUUUAACGAACAAGUACUCUGAAGGAGCACCGGGUGCGAGGUAUUAUGGUGGUAAUCAGUUUAUAGAUGAGAUCGAGACGUUAUGUUGUAAGCGUGCAUUAAUUGCGUUUGGACUUGAACCGGAGAAUUGGGGUGUGAAUGUGCAGCCAUAUUCGUGUACUUCAGCGAAUUUUGCAGUUUAUACUGGUUUGUUACUGCCUGGUGAUAGGAUAAUGGGAUUGGAUACGCCAUCCGGUGGAAACACAAGUCAUGGGUAUUACCUUCCUAAUGGAAGGAAAGUUUCAGGGGCUUCAAUUUUCUUUGAGUCUCUGUCAUAUAAGGUUGACCCCCAAACUGGAUAUGUAGAUUUUGAUAAGCUUGAGGAAAGGGCUCUUGAUUUCCGUCCCAAGAUACUUAUAUGUGGGGGGAGUUCGUAUCCCCGGGAAUGGGAUUACGCAAAGUUCAGACAGAUUGCGGACAAAUGUGGUGCAGUUUUGUUGUGUGAUAUGGCACAAAUUAGCGGUCUCAUUGCUGCAAAGGAAUGUGCGAGUCCCUUUGAUUAUUGUGAUAUAGUUACCUCAACCACUCACAAAAGUCUUCGAGGUCCUAGGGGAGGUAUUAUCUUUUAUAGGAAAGGCGCAAAGCCAAGAAAGAGAGGCCUGCUCUUGAAUCAAGGUGAUGGCAGUGAUAAGUAUGAUUUCGAGGAGAAGAUAAACUUUGCUGUUUUUCCUGCACUGCAAGGAGGGCCACACAACAACCAUAUUGCUGCCCUCGCUAUAGCAUUGAAGCAAGUGGCAACUCCUGAAUACAAGGCUUAUAUGCAACAAGUUAAGAGAAACGCUCAGGCGCUGGCAGCUGCUUUAUUGAGAAGAAACUGCAGACUGGUUACUGGAGGGACUGACAGUCACAUGAUAUUGUGGGAUCUGAGAAGUCUUGGUUUAACAGGUAAGAAUUUUGAAAAGGUCUGCGAGUUGUGUCACAUCACUCUCAACAAAGUAAUGGUCUUUGAUGAUAAUGGAAGUAUUACCCCUGGAGGUGUGAGGAUAGGAACCCCUGCUAUGACAUCACGAGGCUGUAUAGAGAAUGAUUUUGAGACAAUGGCAGAUUUCCUCCUCAAGGCAGCACAUAUUACAAAUUCAAUACAGAGAGAACAUGGAAAGCUCGCAAAGGCUUUUCUGAAAGGCCUUGAGAACAACAAAGAUGUUAUCGAGUUGCGAACGCGUGUUGAGAAUUUUGCAUCCCUGUUUGCAAUGCCUGGAUUUGAAAGUAUAGUCUAGCCGGAAAUCUAGUUCUGGUGGAGGAAUUCUUUCUUUGUUCAUUGACCAACAUUUGCUGUGGAUGGGAGAAGAGCAGUGCACCCAACUCGUGGUUUAUAAUUGAGUAGGCUUGAUAUGAUUUUCAAGUGUCCCUUGAGCUUAGCAACCCUGGAUUAACUUAUGAUAUGCCACGUUCGAGUGUUUUGUCCUUAUCUACUGUCAAGGUUCGCUGAAGGUGCCUAGAGAAAUUUCAAGUGGCUGGACCUGGCCGCAGUUUCAGUAUUUUUGUUGAGGGUUUGGUAAAUUAAGUAGUGUUUGUCACGGGGGACCUGAUUCAUGGUAAAUUAAGUAGUGUUUGUCACGGGGGACCUGAUUCAUUCUCCUAUAUCUGUUUUGAUACACUGUUGUUUUGGGUCCUCAUUAUUCUUGGUUGUACCUAUAUUAUUAUAUCUUUAAUAUUCAACUUGUAUAUACUCUAUUGUUCUCUCAUUGAAGAGGUUACAAGGUUGAAUGUACAUUACAUAUAAGAAAAAAAGAAACGAAGGAAAUGAAAGAGAUGGUUUGGAA